GAGAUACCUUCGAUGCCACAGAUCUCUCGAAGCAAGGGCCACCGAAUUACUUUUAUCCUCGACUGUUGUCAUUCUGGUGGCAACAUUCGGCAUUUCCCUGAGCCUGGUACACGUACUAUUCCCCCACUACCACGCGCGUCUCUUCAACGCAUGCUCCACAUGGCCGAUGGUGGCCUUGGUCGCUAUCCUACGUACAAAUCGAUUUCGGCGACGGAUUGGCGCCCAGAUAUGUCUUCUCAUGUCGUUCUCACUGCGUGCAAGGAAUACCAAACAGCAAGAGAAGUGGAAACCGAAAGGGGGUAUGGAGGGAUUUUCACCCACGCUUAUUGGUACCUUUCGAACAGGGAAUCUGAGUGAAGAGUCGACGUAUGUUGAUCUUCUUUUUUUGCUUCCACGGAGACGCGGUCAGACUCCUGUUGUUGCUGGGAAGCAUAAACGUGAGCGCCUCUGGUACAAGGACUAGGUAGGUGGACUGUAGCCCGUCAUGAUUCCAACUUCCAACGUAUCCCAUUC